GGAAGUUAGCAACAAUUUAAUUCUGUGCUAACACUUGGCAACUCAAAAUACAUAUGUAUAUACAUAAAUAAAAACAUAUGCAGUUGCAGUGCAUAUAAGCAACAAAUUCAACGUGCGAGUCGAAAAAAAUAUAACAAAAAAUCGCAGCAAGAAAGAAUCAAGUGAAAAAUGUAGCAACAAGAAAUAUAAUUUGCAUUGGUGCCUGUAUGUGUAUGUGUGUGAAAGAACGCUUUUAGUGAGCAAAAAGCGCCAACUACGAGUAAUCUAAUGCACAGCAACCGAAGCAGAAUUUAAUAAUUUAUAUGUUAGUGUUGCGAGUUGUGAAAUAAAAUUUCUAUGCCAUUUUGCAUAACAAAAACCACAACGCAACCAGCCCCUGGCAAAAUAAAAUAACACGAGUGACAAAAAAAAAAGAAUCACACACAAACACACAUACAGACUUACCAAAGUAUACGCAGUCAGCAGAAGCAGCAGCAAACGGACGCCUACGUCAAUAAGCAAAACGGCGGCCAUGCCAAAUGAUGUUGCAGAUGUUGCGGGCAAUAUCGUUGCACAACAACACCAAUUACAACUACAAUUCUAAUAGCAACAGCAAUAGCAAGGGGCCGACCGACACUAGCCAACAUUAGGAACAAAAGCAACGAGAGCAACAAAUAAGCCACACACAUGUUGCUGCUACAAUUGGAACGACCACAACGAGGAGAGCAACAUCAACUAAGAUGCUCAGCGCUGCCCAUGGAACAGCAGCAGCAACAGCAACACACACUGGAGCAGCAGUUGCCACAAUUGCCGCUGGCGAAACUUAUGUCAUAACAAAUAAACAUCUCCAUCAGCAGCAGCAGCAACAUUUUGUUGUUGCCGCCAACACAAUGGUUAUACCAACAACUGCAGCCGCCGGUAUACCAACAGCAACAACAACAACGACGGCAACAACUACAGCAGCAGCAGCAGCAGCAGCAGUCGAGACACCACAACAGCAGCAACAUCAGCAUCAGCAGCAGCAGCAACAUGUUUUGUUUCAGCCACAAUUACAGUUACAAACAGCAACAACACCUCAGCAGCCAACACAGCCGCGCCAGCAUCCCAAGAAACGAAAAUUUGAUCCAGCUGAGCUGGACAAAGCCGAGCAACAGCAACAGCAACACCAGUCGCAGCAAUUGCAUCAGCAACAGCACACGAUGUACAAGCAACAAAAACCCGCCGAGACGAAUGGCAAUGGCAACGAUGCGCUCUCCAAUGGCAAUAUUGCUGCCGUGCAGCAAAGUGCGUUAGCUUUGCGCAGCAUGAUUGUCAGUCCACCGUCAGCAUUGAAUUGUGCAGGUGCAGGCGCCGGCAACAGCAAUGAAAUCAGGCAGCAACAGCAACAUCUGCAGCAGCAGCAACAGCAGCAACAACGUAUUAUAAUCGCUUCGCCGCUGCAACAUGCGACUAGUACUUACAAGCAACAUGUUGCCAGCAGCAACAAUAGCAACAUCAACAAUCAUGCAGCAAUCAAUCAUUCGCGCACACACACGCCCGUCUACUAUCAACAACACCAGCAGCAACAGCAGCAACCACGUUUUAGCUUUAACUCACACCAUCAGCAACAUGUACAGGAACAACAACAACAGCAACAGACGCAGUUGCAGUUGCACCAACAGCAGCAACAGCAGCCGCAGCAGCAACACGAGCCUGUUGCUCUACUCGAUCUCAGCGAAUGGACCAACACGCGUGUCCUAGCCAAAGUGGGCAAAUGCUAUGCGCCCGGCAAAAUACAGCAAGUGCAAGAGGCAACAAACAUGACCACGCCCACAGCCACGCCCCACUCAAUACUCGUGAAAUUCGAUGCCACCGAAUUUGGUCAGCAACUGUAUCAGGAUGUGCUGCAGCAGGGACGCUACAAUGUGAUACUGGAUGCCAGUCCACCGAUGGCUGAUAUCACGCUGGAGGCUCGCGUCUGUGUGCGUCAAAGUCUGGAAGGACGCACCGUGGACUGUGUAUAUGUGGAGGGCAUCAUUAUGGAGAUCAACCAGGGAACCAAGCAAUAUACCGUGCAAUUAGUCAAUGAUGAAUUGCCCAAUACAAAAGUUGUGCGUCGCGCGGAUUUGCGCCUGCUGCUGCCGCCCUGGUGGGAUGAGCUGAACGAGCUGACGCCCACGGCAACACCGCCGGCAAUAGGCAUCAAACGGAAACCGGAGCCGUCAACCGGUGGCAGCAGCAGUGUGGUAUACCCAAAGGCCUUUGUGGCCACGCGCUACGAUGGCAAGCUGCCAACGAGCGCGCCAACCGGUGGACAGCAGCUCCAAAAACAUGAGUAUUAUCGAGCGGCUGCCACGUCGCCGUUCCAGGGCGGUGCGGUGCCACCGCCGCCGCCGUUGGCCCUUGUGGAGCAGCAGCAGCACCACCACCACCAGCAGGCCAAUGGUCUGCCGGACAUUGUGAUCUCGCCGGGCAGCAAUGGCCAGCAGCAGCACCAUCACCAGCCACUGAAAAUGCACGUGCCAUCGCCAGCGCAACAACAGCAACAACAACAACAACAGCAGCAGCAGCGCGGCUACGACGACUACGACUCCGAUGAUGAGCUAAAGCGCGUCGGCAUCGACUAUUCACCGGCCGCCGGGGAUGUGGAUGCCGAGAAGAUGAGCGCCGGCAGUAAGCGCAGCAGCAUGCAGAGCCGCGGCAGCACAUCCAGCUUACUUGAUCAGAGGCUGACACCACGAUCUCAUCCAGCAACUCCAAGAUCUCAGGCAACGACGCCGCAUCGCUUCAAGAAGGGCGACAUUGUGGAAUCGGAAUCCGGAGUGCGCAAGAAGUACAAUGGCAAGCAAUGGCGACGUCUCUGCAUGCUGUGCAUGAAAGAAUCUCAGCGGCGGGGCUAUUGUUCGAGACAUUUGAAUCAGAAGGGCAACAAUGCGCUGCCCUCUUCAACGGGGCCGGGUCGUUUUCUCAGUGAUAGCCGCUCGAGCAGCAAGACGCAAAACGAUGAGGACAACUCUCGCGAUUCGGAAACGUCGCCCAACCAUCGGGUCACGGGUCGCUAUGAUCAGGAGGAGACCGAUGUGGCCGCCAUGUUAGUGUCACUGAGCAGCUCGCGCUCUGCAACGCCAUCGUAUACAUCACCCGUGAAUCAUCAUCCACUGAAUGCCAUCGCCCACUCCCCGGUCAAUGUGUCCAAUCAUAGGCAAAAUUUCUUUACGCCCAUUGCGAACCAGUCGCAGCAGCAGCAACAACAACAACAGCAACUACUGCAGCAGCAGCAGCAACAUGUGACGACAACACCCAGUCCAGUGUUGUACAAUACGAACAACAACAACAGCAACAAUGGCUGGGAGAGCAGUCAAGCUGUGCAGCAGCAGCAGCAGCAACAACAACCUCCACCACCGCCACAAACGGCGGCCGUUUCGCUGGUGAUGCAUGCACCGCCUACACAGCAGCAGCAGCAGCAACAACAACAACAACAACAGCCACCUGCCGCUCAUCUCAAUGCCCUGCCGGCUCCACCAGCUCCGCCCAGCAGCAGCACCGUCGGCCAUGCGACCAGCGUCAUACGCAUCUCCAGCAGCCAACAGCAGCAGCAGCAGCAGCAACAACAACAACAGCAGCAACUGCAACAGUCGGCACCAAAUCAACAGCAGCAGCAGCAGCAGCAGCAUGUUGUUGUAUCCACGGCCGGGCAUCAGACCUUUCAUCCUGUCAUCGUGAAUGCGGCCCAACAGACGCAGAUUCAUUCGCAGAAUUCAUUGCCUGCUUCCGUUGAGCAGCAGCAGCAGCAGCAGCAACCCCCGCCGCCGCCGCCGCCCACAUCGGUUACGUUUCAUUCACAUCCGCCAACCACGCCUACAUCCGUAACAGUGGCUGUGCCCACGGACAAUGCAUUGCCAAAAAACGGCUACAAUGCGGCUAGCUAUCCGUGGCAAAAGCUACUGCCGCAAAUGCCAGCCAUGACCAAAGCACCUCCAGCGACAGCGGUGACAACAACAACCACUAACAGCAACUACAGCGUGGCCAUGUUGCACCACCAGCAGCAACAUCAGCAGCACACACAGCAGCAACAGUUGUCGUCGCAGCAAACUCCCUCAAUGCCGUCGAUAACAGCAGCAGCAGCAGCAGCAGCACAGCAACAGCAACCGCCGCUCAAUCACAACAACAAUCACUUGAUUGUGCCCGCGCCGAUGGCAUCGCCCGGCAAGCCGCUUAACUGUUCCAUGAACGAUGCAAAGGCAGCUGCAGCAGCAGCAGCGGCGGCGGCGGCGGCAGCAGCAGCAUCUACGACCAGUGUGCCGGAUGAAGCUGAUGAGCCCGAUGAACAGCUGGACGAUGAUGUGUUUGAGUCCACGACCUGCGCGCCAGCCAUAUCGAAUGGCAAAAAGGCACCGACGGCAGCCAUGCGACUGCCCACCUACAACAGCAACAUACGCAAACUGGACGACUGCCAUGAUGCCAGCGAAGGGGCAGCCGGUGCCCCAACGACCUCGGCGGCCAAGCGGCGCAGUCAGUCGCUUAGUGCGCUGCAGCAGCAGCAGCAACAGCAGCAACAACAACAACAGCAACAGUCUGCGGCGGCCGCAGGCAAGAAGAUACGUCGACCGAUGAACGCCUUUAUGAUAUUCUCGAAGAAGCAUCGCAAGAUGGUGCACAAGAAGCAUCCCAAUCAGGACAAUCGCACGGUUAGCAAAAUCUUGGGCGAAUGGUGGUAUGCGUUGAAGCCGGACCAGAAGGCCCAGUAUCAUGAGCUGGCCAAGUCAGUGAAGGAUGCGCAUUUUCAGUUGCAUCCGGACUGGAAAUGGUGCUCCAAGGAUCGCCGCAAAUCCUCGACAUCGGGCAAGGGUGGCGCUUCCUCGUCCGGCAAUGCCACAAACGAAGACAAACAGCGUCUGGUUUCUGUGGAUGGCUCCGAUUCGUUGGAGGAUGACUUGUGCCCCUCCACACCCGGCGGCAGCGGCAGCGGCGGUGCCCAAGCCGUCGAGCUACAGGGCGAUAUCAUCCCACUGACCAUUGACACCUACAACAUUGCAUGCGAAGAGACGCCCACAACCAUUGCAGGCCAGUCGCAAGGUAACUGCAAGACCAAGCAGCUCAAGAACGAACUGCAGUCCGAUGAGGAUGAGCAAAUGCUUGUCGUCGAGGAUGAGCAGCAGCCCACGAAACUGGAUCUGCAAUGCCGCGAACGCGUUAACGACUUGGACAUGGAUGAAGCGCCCUACGACUAUCGCAAGCAGCAGCAGCAACAGAUCCAGACGGAUGCGGAACAGCGCACCCAGGAAGAUCAUGCGAGUCUCUGCAAUGGCCAGACUAUGUCCGCUCCGGCAUCCAGCGCAGAGCGCGAGAUAACUUUGAAGCCAAAGGCCAUUAAGGCCCAUCCGGGUCUGGAGAGCACCAUGCUGCCGUAUCCGCAGAUGCCCAUGUUCACGCACUACACUAGUCCCAAGAAUCCAAUCGGUGUAACACCAUUCCAACCCACAGGCGGCGCCUUCAAAUCGAUGCCCAUCAGUCCAAAGGGCAGCAGCUCUUCCGGUUCCAAAUCGGAUGAGCAACAGCUGCCUCCACACAUCAAGCAGGAAGACAUCAAACAGGAGCCGCCAUCGCCCUACAAACUGAAUGGUGGCAAUGCUGGAGCGACUUCGGGGGGCGUGAUUAGCGCACCAACGCCCAGCAGCGCUGUCGGCGCCAUCUUUAAUUUCAAUGUGCCAAUUGCGCCGGCUCUCAGUCAAAAGCAAUAUCACUAUCCCAUGCCGCAUACGCUCUGCAGUCCGACCGAUGUCAGAGCCCAUCAGGCCUGUGUGCCCAACUCCCCGGCAACCGUUAGCUUGGGGCAUGCGGCUAGCAUUGCCACACCGCCCGCCUCGGCGCCAGCACAGAUUCUUGGCACGGCGGGUCCAGCGCCAGCUCAGAAAAUGUUCUUUGCCAUGGGUCAUCCGUACCCAUUGCUGCCGCCGCCUCAUCAACAGAACGCGCCUGGCUUGGAGCACCUGCAGCUGGACGCAUUUGGAUCCGGCUACCUUUUCAAGAAGCACAAUGGUGGUCUGGGCGUGCAGGGUGCGCCACCGCCCCCACUGCCGCAGGUUGUUGCGCAGACAGCAAUGCGCCUGCAUGGCUAUGCGCCCAGCAGCCAUGGCCAGGAUCAGCCGCCGGCUAGUUCGCCGUCGUUCAAGUCGAUGCCAUCCACUCCCAAAUCGGCCUCGUAUCAUCUGAGUGCAUCGUCCGAGUUGACGAGCGGCAAACGCAGCUGCGAUGCUGCUGCUGAAGAUGCCGACGUGGAUGUUGAUGUGGACACUGAUGGUCAGCAGUUUGUAUUGGCGCCAACUCCAGCGCAACUGGGACGUGCUCCGCUGCAGCGGCGCAAGAAUUUAUCUCAGAGCAAAUCGGACAACAACAGCACAGGCGGCGGCUAUGGGGUCAGCAAUGGGCAGCAUAUUGGACGCCAGCUGCACUCGCCAACACUGAUGGAGGUGGCCGCCUCCUCGCCCAUCAUUGGCCAUGUGAACAGCAGCAGCCUCAGCUCGGCUCUGCCCACGCCCACCUCAUCGACCACAACGCCCAACAGUGAUGAGCAGCAGCCACUAACGCCCACGGCCGUUGGCAACAAUUCGGCGGUCAAGUCGCCAAUAAGGGGCGUGCCCGCCUCUGCCCCUGCAGUGGUGUCGCACAAGAAGAAGAGCGAUGAAGUAAACAAUGUGCUCAAGCAAGUGGACUUUGAGAAGAAGUACAAGGCGCUGCCACAGUUUAAGCCAGAGGAUUGCCAGUCGCCCAGCGCCAUUGCUGUGCCGUCGCCGCCGCGCGUCUAUGGCACCAAUUAUCGCAAAAAGAAUGCAGUGCAGCCGCCGGUCCAGAAACUAAUGAGCGAGGAUGAUUCGAUUGAGGAGCCUGCCUCGGCGCCGCCAACUACCACGCAGCGUUUCUUUGGCGCCGAUUUUAACAAUGAUCUGAGAGGUAAACCAACUAGUCCAAGUAGUAUUUGCCAAAAUGCACCUGGAACUAAUCUCCAAUUUGCUGCAGAACUUGAGACCGGCGAUCAAACAGGCCGUUCGCCACGCACGCCCAAAACGCCGUUGCAGAGCGCUCGAUCCGAUGCCAGCGAAAAGGGACACCGCAAGGUCCUGGAAGCGCGUCGCAAUUUAGUCAUGCAGCUGUUCAAUGAGCACGGCGUAUUCCCAUCCUCUCAGGCCACUAUUGCCUUUCAGACCAAGCACAUCGAUCUCUUUCCACGCAAACAAGAUCUGCAGCUGAAGAUACGCGAGGUGCGCCAAAAGGCCAUGGGUGCUCUGCCUUGCACACCCCACUCGGCUGGUCCCAACACGCUCUCCGACUCCAACUCCUCGUCGGCCACGCUGAGCGCUAGUCUAAAUGCCCAAAACAAUGCUGUAGCAGCGUCAGAUGUUUUUCCGUAUUACUAUACGACAGGUAUGCACCAGCAACAUCAACAGCAGCAACAACAACUUGCGGAGCAACAACAACAGCAGGUGAAUCAUCUAAACAAACUAACCGAAAAUGAGAACAAGUACAAGUAGGAAGGAGGUUCAAGUGAGGUCGCUGGUUCAAAGAAGGAAAACACAAUAAGGACACGCAUGAACUGGAAACAAUACGAGUGACAAAUUACUUAAAAUAAGUAAACAAACGGAUAACAGAAAUAAUUGCAGCAGCACAUAGAUACUGAGCAUGUACGAUAUGCAUGCGGAUAAAAUUUAUAUUGAAACAAGAAGGAAAAAAUCAAAGAGAUGCAGAAACAAAAACAAAAUUAUAAGAAAAGAUAAAUUUUUUAAUUGCAAUAGGCCUAUACUACUACAAAUGUAACAGAGACAGCGAGACAGUAGAAAACGAUAGAGGGACAGUAGGAAUGAGUUUAUUAAGCAGCUUAAUAAAUCGAGAAAUGAAGAAGUUUACCAGUUGGAAGAUAGAACUUUUUGAAGCAUAUAUGAAGUACAUACGUUAUGGCAACAUUAUUGUAUAAUGGCUUAGUUAAUAAUUUACAGGCAAGCAACAACUACAACAAACAACAACAAUAAGCAAGCAAACACAAUGAAUACCCCAUAAAAGAAAUAAUAAUUUAAGAUCUAAACUUAACCCAAAUUGCACAUUAAUUUUGAAGUGUAUUUAGCACAAGUAAAAAGCAAAGAAUUUAAAAAAAAAAAAAAAAACAAAAGAAAAAAAAACAGAAACAAAAGAAAAUGAACACAAGUCGAAUAACACGAUAACACACACACACACACUCAAUUUGUAGGCUGAAUGGAGAAAUUGUAGUUGUAUUGUACCAUACAUAUAUAUAUAUAUAUAUACAACUAUAUAUAUAUAUAUACAACUAAUUAUAUAACUAAUUAGUCUUAACGGUUUUCGAAAGAAAUUUUAAAUUGUCUGCUUUUUUGUCUUCUUUUUUUUUGGCACAUUGAAAAUGAAAACAUUUUUUAAAUUGUAUGUACAUUAUUCCACUAUUAUUCUGGCCCUUAAUUUUUAUGCUGUUGUAUAUUUUAAUUUGAAUAAGCAAUUUUUAAUUUAAUAAUUAAUUAGUUUAGUUUAGAUCGUUGUUUCUUUAUGCUUUAGCAACCUUUAACUUUAAUCCUGUAUACAGCAAAUAAAUAUUGAAGAACAACCACAACAACAACAACAACAUAAACAAUAACAAAAGUGAAAAGAAUUGCAAUUGCGAAACAGCAUGAAAAAAUUUAUAAACAGAAAACUGUCUUCCACUGUUGCUGCAAUAUAUGAAUUAUAAAUGUUUUAAUUGUUUUUAUUAUUAUGAUUAUGAUUAUUAUUUGUAUUACGAAUAAUUACAAGCAUAACUUAGUUCUCUAUGUAGUUUCGCUUAUUUAAAUUUUAUUUUAUAAAUAGAGUGUGUGACUGCGAUUAAUUUUAAAUAUUUUUCUGGCUUUCAUCAAUCAUAAUGAUAAUAUUUCUAGUUUGUAAAAGUAGUUCUUAAACAAGCUUUAAACAAAUUUCAAUUCAAAUGCCCCAAUUUUUCGAGAAGUCCAAAUGCCAGAAACUUCUGUAUUAUCACGUGUGUGUUUUAAACUUAAAGUGCUGUUGUGUCUGUUGUUUACUGUCACAAUUCAUUUCUUUUUGAUACAUUAUUUGCUUAGUUUCUUUUUGUAUUUUAGUUCAGCUGGCCAUUGCUACAGUGCGUGCAAAAGAUAUACUUACGCAUAAUAGCUAACAAUGCAUAAAACAAAACUUUCAAAUCAAAUUAUGUUGCAAAUUAAAAUAGUUGAAAAUGAAAGCCGUCUUCAUUUUUUGCCCUUAUUUGUUUUUAAAUGACAGUCAAUUCACACACACACACGUACACGCACACUUUUUAUUUGUGUAAUAGUUAGUUAUUAAACAAAUUUAAUUACAACUUUUUAAAGCCGCACUUACUUAUAAUUUACAAACUAGUUUCGUUUAGCUAUUAUGUUUUUUAAUGAAUAUAGUUGAAAACAAAAUUUUAUAUAAUAAAAAGA